AUGGCUAGUGAAAUACCACCCCAUCUCAGCUUUCGAUCCUUUGUCAAUGCUCUCAAAGAGGAUGGAGAUCUUGUGGAGAUCAACGAUGAGAUUGACCCUUAUCUUGAAGCUGGAGCGAUUAUCCGCAAAGUGUGCGAGACCGAUAACAAAGCACCUCUUCUAAACAAGCUCAAAGGCAAUAAAGAUGGACUUUGGAGAAUUUUGGGAGCUCCGGCCUCACUGCGCAGAGACCCCAGUCAACGAUACGGUCGUCUCGCUCGACAUCUCGCCCUACCACCUACCGCAUCUAUGAAGGAUGUUGUCGACAAAAUGUUGUCCGCAAAAACCAGGUCUCCGAUCCCACCAAGAACUGUCAAGACGGGGCCAUGUAAAGAACAUAUCCUGGAUGAAUUUGAUCUCAACCAAUUGCCCUCGCCAUUCUUGCAUCAGUCCGACGGCGGCAAAUAUAUCCAAACCUAUGGUAUGCACAUAGUGCAGUCUCCCAAUGGUAAAUGGACCAAUUGGUCUAUUGCAAGAGCCAUGGUUAAAGAUAAGAAUCACCUGGUUGGUCUUGUUAUAGAACCUCAGCAUAUCUGGCAGAUUCAUCAGCUUUGGAAAGCUGAGGGAAAAGAUGUCCCGUGGGCUUUGUGUUUCGGAGUCCCCCCUGCGGCAAUCAUGGCUUCCAGUAUGCCACUACCAGAAGGUGUCACUGAAGCAGACUAUAUUGGCGCUAUGACUGGUACACCGUUAGAUGUUGUUAAAUGCGAGACGAAUGGCCUACUUGUUCCAGCAAACUCUGAGAUUGUGUUUGAAGGAACUUUGUCUAUCUCUGAGACUGCACCAGAGGGGCCAUUUGGUGAAAUGCACGGAUAUGUGUUCAUGGGCGACUCGCAUCCUCAACCUGUUUAUACCGUGGCGAAGAUUACCCACCGCACCGAUGCCAUCCUACCAGUAUCAAACUGUGGACGUAUAACAGAUGAGACGCACACGAUGAUUGGAACACUUGCGGCAGCUGAGAUUCGCCAACUCUGCCAGGAGAAAAACCUACCAAUCAAGGAAGCAAUGGCCCAAUUCGAGACCCAGGUUACCUGGGUAGCUCUGCAAGUGGACACAGAAAAGCUUCGGCAAUUCCAGUGGACACCGCAAGAUUUUCGCAAACGCGUCGGAGAUUUGGUAUUCUCUCACAAAGUUGGAUACACAAUUCAUCGUCUUGUUCUUGUUGGCGAAGACAUUGACGUGUACAAUUUCAAGGACGUUAUUUUCGCGUUUUCAACUCGCUGCAGACCAAAAACUGAUGAACUAUUCUAUGAAGACUGCAGAGGAUUUCCUUUGGUCCCGUACAUGUCGCAUGGGUCUGCGUCACCAACUGUAGGCGGAAAGGUUGUUUCGGAUGCAUUAUUGGCUUCUGAAUACAAGACUGGCGUGACUUGGGAGAUUGCUGAUUUUAAGCAUUCCUACCCUGAGGGCCUCCAGAAGAGCGUUGUUGAUCGCUGGCAGCUAUGGGGCUUUAAUGCAUAG